AUGGAAUAUCUAGCUAGAUCUUUAAUUGUGGCAGAAUCUCUUAAUCUGCUGAAAGGUAUCAAGGUUGCAAAGAAUUCCAUUUUUAUCAAUCAUCUGUUGUUUGCAGAUGAUUGUAUGUUGUUCUUCAAUGCUGACAAGACUAGUAUUGCUCAAGUAAAGACUUGUCUGAAGCAAUUUAGUGAACUCUCAGGUCAACUCAUUAAUUUUUCCAAAUCGUCAGCAUUUAUUAAAGGUGAUCUGCUGUAUGAAGACAAGUUAUCUAUUCAGAAUGAAUUAGGAGUUAAAGAACUAUGCACCUCAGAUAAAUAUCUUGGACUUCCUAUACUCUUAGGAAAAUCAAAGAACAACUCUUUUAGAUCUAUACAAGAUUCUUAUGAGCAUAGAUUUCAAGGUUGUGUGCAAAGACUCUUAAUCAGGCAGCAAGGUCAACAUUGGCUUCCUAGGAAUAUAAUAAGCAAAUUAGAUUCUAUACAAAGAAAAUUCUGGUGGGGUCACAAAUCCAAUAAAGGUUUAAAUUUGAUUGCUUGGAGUUCUCUUUGUCAUUCUAAAGCUGAUGGAAGUUUGGCAUUUAGAAAUCUAGAGCGAUUUAAUCUUGCGCUGAUAACCAAACAUGCUUGGAGAUUAUGCAAAGAGAUGGAUAAGGCUUGGGUAAAGAUUAUGAAAGACAGGUAUUCUCCAUACUCUGACUUUCUUCAUCUACAAGAUUCUCCUACUAACUCCUCUUGGAUCUGGAAGGGGCUGGAAAUAGGACUAUAUUAUGUUAGGAAAUUCUAUAGAUGGGAUGUCAGAUGCGGAACUAGAAUACUGGUUUGGUAUGAUAAAUGGGUAGAAGGUUUAGAACAUCCACCAACUCCAAAUGCUUCUUUUAAGGAACCAGCUAUAAUAGUCUAUGUUUCUGAUUUAAUGCUGCAGAAUCCAAGAAGAUGGAUUGCUCAGCUUGUUAUGGAUCUUUUUCCGCCAGAAAUAGCUUGUUCAAUUCUGAAUAUGCAUUUGGUCCAAGUAGGCAAUGAUAAAAUGAUCUGGGAACCACGUAGAAAUUGA